AUGAUGCAAGUCAGGAAGCUAAGAUAUGACGUUAUCAGACUGACCAAGAAGAGACGACGCCACCCACUGAAUGCCGUUUAUGGAACAGGAGGAGAACUGCUCCUCUUAGGAACAUGCGACGACAGUAGAAGAGUUGGUGUCCUUGUCAACACGAGUAUGGCAAAGAACAUCGAUACUCUCGAACAACUUCCGACCCGAAUCGGACAUCCUCGGAUGAGAAGAUGUGGUCCAACGCCAGCUUGGACAGUCUUCGUCGCUUACAUUCAAACAUCAAGCUACGAAGAAGAUCAUACCUUCUACAAGGUCAUAAUUGAUGAUUUCACAAUUGACCCUAGAAGGACGCCUGAAGAACUUCACAUCGGAAGCCACGGCCUUCAAUAA